AUGCCAACAGAGCAGACCCUGCUUGAUGCGACACGGGUUAUCGUAGACAUCCAGCGGCAACGGGGUAUUGACCUGCCGACAGAUGGCGAACUUUACCGCUUUGAUGCCAACCACCCAGAUACCAACGGAAUGAUUGACUAUUUCAUCCGUCCGCUUUCUGGUGUAAGAUCGGAAGUAGGGAGGCAGGAAUGGCAUGAAUUUCGGCAGAUGCAGACGAUGUCGUUCCGUGCGAAACCGGCAGGGGUUGUUGAGAGUGCCUUGGGAGAGGGCACGUUAAACCUUGUUUCUGAUUGUGAGCGCGCUGUGAGUGUAUCUGGAAAGGAUAUCAAAUUUACGGUAACGAGUCCUUACAUGCUUGCACGGACGCUGUUGGACAAAUAUUACGGCGACUUUGAUACUCUGCUGACCGCUUUGGCAGAAGUGUUAGCGACACAGGUCCGUGAACUGGAUUGUGCAUGUCUUCAAAUUGAUGAAGCGAAUAUACCGGGUAAUCCACAAGAUGGACCUCGCGCUGCCGAGGCGAUUAAUAUUGUCCUUGAUGCAUUUGGUGGGGAGAAAGCGGUCCAUUUCUGCUUUGGCAACUACGGCGGUCAGGUGAUCCAAAAAGGGAACUGGGGUGCUCUGGUGGACUUCUUGAACAUGCUCCGGUGCGAUCAUCUCGUUUUGGAGCUGCAACAUCGUCCUAAAGUAGAUCUUGAGGCACUCAGGGAAGUUACAUCAGAUAUUGUCCUCGGUAUUGGAGUGAUUGACGUGAAGGUUAAUCCUGUUGAAACACCUGACGAUGUAGCAGCCAGUAUCGAAACAGCGGCAAAGAUGUUGGGUGCUGGACGGAUUGGCUGGGUGCAUCCGGACUGUGGCUUUUGGAUGCUCCAACGUUCUGUGGUAGAUCGAAAGAUAGAGGCACUUGUACAAGGCAGAGAUAAGUAUUUGGGACUUACCUAA